AUGACGGAGCACCUCAAAGAAUGCCCUACGUCAGCAAAGCAAAUCGACAAGCUACGCUGGCAUUUGCUAAAAUUGCCUGGAGCUGAAAGUGACGUUCCUUUGCUCGAAAUUGUGACAGCUCUGUUUUCGGAAUGGAGACGGAACGGCGCCAAAGAAGAUCUCACUCCACAGGACGUAAUGGCGAUGCAGGCGCAAUACAGGCGAGUCACUCGCGGGAAAACGGUGCCACAUACUCACCCCGCUAUCUUAAAUGAAUUAGCAGAUGCCAUGCUUUGUUGCAUAAAGGCGCGUUUUCACUAUGACGAUUCUUACAUACUUGAACUUAGACAUAAGAUUUUAAGAAAUUUGUUUGAGAACUGGCCAAGCAUCAUUAGGUUCGACCAGAAUCCUGCUCGAAGCCUAAAUGUAUAUCCCCCUCCAACCUUCCGAGAGCAAAUUCAGAAGGCUUUGGUGCAUUUCGAAGGAAAUUACACUGCUUUGCAAAGUUCAUUUUCUGAAUUCACAUGUCAGCUUCUGCUGAGCAUAAUCCUUCUUAGCUGGCCUCUCUCAUUGUUGAUCAUGGGUGUGAUGUUCACGACACAUUGCCCCACGGACAGUUCUUUGCCAAAUGCAAUGGUAGCAGUUGGAACUAUGGGCAUCUCGGCUGUCUUAUUGCGCCUGGUGUUACUUUCCGUUGAGGAAUGGUAUUGGUUUCCUAUGAGAAUAAUAAUCUCUAGACUUUGGAAUGUCAUGAAAUUAGUGGAAUUCGUUUUCUUGCUUGCAUUAACCGCUCAGCUGUGGCUUUUCUUUGAAGAUCAUGCCAGUCCUAAUUUCCGAGAUCCCAAAUCCUGCAAUGAGACCUUUUACUCUCUACUACUGUGGAUGAAUCACACUUCGACUUUUUUCGCCGUGGUUUGGAUGGUCGCAUACUUUGUGAAAGCAAUUUCGUGGAUGAUGAGAAUUCGAUAUCAUUAUAUGCCGCCAUUUUAUGCUCAUACAGAUAUGAAUACCAUCUGAUGUAUUGACAUUGGACGAUGAGUUCUCACAUUGAAAGAACUCUAUCAUAAGUUUUAUUCGUUUUUUUCCUUUACUUUUUAAUAAAA